AACAACAACCCAAAUCUAAACUAUAUGAUUACAAAGUCAUCACUUCAAGAUUGGAUCAUUUAUGCAAAGCUAGACAAGCCAAUGAUGCUGAUUCUAUGAUCUAUUUAUUACGAGGCAGUCUUUUACGAAACUUUGGAGGUAUCAGUGAUCGAAAACUUUUUACUCAUUCUUAUCUUGGAACAAAACAAACCAUUGAAGAUUAUAUGGAUGAAGUCGUUACUCAAAUUGAAUAUAUUGAAUCUACUCCAGCUUUGGAGCCUCAAUUCAAAAUGAAAUUUUUCACAGAUACACGUCAAGGAUUUGGUCGUUCUGCUUUGGUAUUACAAGGUGCUUCGACUUUUGCUUUAUAUCAUAUAGGCGUUGUCAAGGCGUUGAACGAACAAGGACUCUUACCAAGAAUUAUUAGUAGUACGGCGAUCAGUUCUAUGGUAGCUGCUUUGAUAUGUAUUCAUACCGAUGAAGAAUUACCACGUGUUCUUCAACCUGAUGGAAUCAACUUGUCAGCGUUUUACAAAAAGACAGAUAAGGGCCACUUCAAACGUCGGGUUACUCGUUUACUUAAAUAUGGUUAUUUGAUGGACAUGAAGGUACUACAACGAUGUGUACGGGAAAAUGUUGGUGAUUUGACGUUUGAGGAAGCAUAUGCUCGAAGUAAUCGUGUUUUGAAUAUUUCAGUAUCAUCAAGGAGAACACAAGAAGUACCUCAACAUUUGAAUUAUAUGACAGCUCCGAAUGUGUUGAUUUGGAGUGCUGCUUGCUGUUCAACUGCUUCUGCCGGAUUGUUUUCAGGAUGUGACCUAUUAGCCAAAGAUAAAAAUGGUGAUAUUGUGAAAUGGAAUCCUUCAGAUGUGAAAUGGAAUCCUUGGACGGAAACAACAUCUUCGGAUAGUGAAGCACCAUUGCAACGUUUGUCCGAAUUAUUCAACGUGAAUCACUUUAUUGUAUCUCAAGCUAGCUCUUAUGCCAUUCCAUUUAUUGCUCCAGGUCACAAGAUGCAACGCGAUUCUCUUUGGAAUAAGUUGGUUUAUAUGAUGGCAUCAGAAUUCAGACAUAGACUCUAUCAGCUUGAUCAACUUCAGUUGCUUCCAUAUUCCUUACGUGGUCUUAUUGUACAAAAAAUGUCAGGAAAUGUCAACAUUGUACCAGAAUUGGCAUUAUCGGAUUUCAAUAUGUUAUUUUCAAAUCCAACACAUGAAUCCCUCGCAUAUUGGAUACUACAUGGUGAACGAUCUACAUGGCCAUUGUUAUCAUUGAUUCGGACUCGAUGUAUGAUUGAACUUGCACUUGAUGAAGCCAUUCUUCGGAUGAAAGCUAUGAACAUUGAAAAGGCUCCUAUAUUUGUUGGUACAGUUCGUCCUGAUAAGAAGCGCGCGAGUUCUAUGCAUUGAUCUUUAGACAAAAUGAUAGAAACAUAGUUUGUCCUUUGCAUUUUUUUUUGUAAGCAUAAUCACAUUUUACUUGAUUUAGACGGAAUCCUUUUUGAACCAACAAUGUAAAAUAAAUACUUUAUUUUGACAACAAAAACCAACAAUUGUUAUUUCAUUUUUUUUUUUUAUUUGAUAC